AUGCAGAGAAGCUCUAUACUUUUAAUCAUUUUCAUCAGCUUAUUUGUUUCCCUGAGGGAAGUUAACGCAAGUGGAAGUGCACCUAAAACUGUGCAAUGGCAAUCAGAUAUGGGGUCAGCUUCAGCUCCAACUGCAGUUCAAGCUCCAAAAGCUGAACCAGCGCCACCUCGCCCUCAAGUAGAACCACCAAGUAGUUACCCAGCUGGUCCUUCAGCGAAAGAGAAAUUUGUAAAAGGCCUGAGGAAAACGUUAGAAGUGAUGUGUUAUCUGAGCAGCGUCUUGAAUCUCUUACGGGAUUACAUCAAGUUCUAG